AUGGGAACACCAUUCAUCACUCUCCUCGAGCCCUCGCGCCUCGACGGUUACGACCGUUCGAAGCCUCAUGAUCAACAGCCGGCACAUAUACCCCAGGCAUUCUGCGAUGCCAUGGAAGUCCGCGAAGCAGUCUUCGUGCGUGAACAAUCCGUACCCCUGCAAAACGAGCACGACGCCGACGACGCGCGCUCCUGCCACUGGGUGACCUACGCUAGCGUGCACCAAACCGUAUCCCCGGAGCAGCGGGACCCAGCCACAGGUGAAAUCCUGCGCCCGCGGCGGUCAGAGACUCGUUCCAUGCCUAUCGGCACCUUGCGCGUGGUACCGUUUCCGCACCCGCCGCACCCGCAGGCGGGAGGGCGGUAUGUGGAUAAUGUUCUGCAGGAAGAUGAGGGUGAGGAUGGCCAGGUUGGUGGAAGUGGAGGGGGAAGUGGGAAUGCUGCUUCACCAACGGGUGCUAGACCCCGUGCUCGCACAUUGACGUCCGUCGAUGAAGAGCGUCAAGCUUCCGCACUACCCUACGGCGCGGAUCGUCCUACGACGUACCACGACGGCAAGGAACCCUACGUCAAACUAGGUCGCAUGGCCGUAAUCCCCGAAUUCCGAGGCCACCACAUCGCGGGCCAGCUCUGGCACGCAGCGAAGAAGUGGUUAGAAGAGAACCCUACGUUCUUCAACCCCAGCGUUACGGAGUUAGGUAUGGAUCAGUUGAAGGCGGGUGCUCCUAGCGAUAUCCCCAAGUGGAAUGGUCUCAUCUGCUGCCAUGCGCAGAAGUCCGUCGUUGGACUUUACGAGAGAUGGGGGUUUAAGGUUGAUGAGGGUAUGGGAACUUGGUACGAGGAGGGCAUCCCGCACGUGGGUAUGUUCCAACGACUCAAGAUCAAGGAGGUGAACCCAAAGGUAUGA